AACAGCCGGCACAUGUAUGUGUGCAAAAUUAGUGCGCUUGUGUUGAAAUGUCAGAAUCAAUUUAAAACCUAAGGGAAGAGUAGUUAGUAUAUAAUUUUUGUUAGCAAUUUAUAAUAAAGCUAGCAAGCGACCAAGCACAAUGGAGUGGUUUGAGAUUGAACUAAAUGGCGAACGGACUACAACAUUUCCGCAGCUUCCUGUUCCAUGGUUCGCUGUCGAAGAUGCCGACAAUGAUGAGGAAUUAGUAGAACUGGAAGGAGAAGAAAGCGCCUCCUUAACGGGCGGCAUCAUUUUUGGCGGCAAAUGGGGUUGGAUGACCCGACGCUAUGCAUCCGAUGCCACUUUGAUUAUAUCCUGUUUGGAAACGGGCUACAUCAUUGCCCGUCACGUCUUUUGGACUGAGCACAAUGAUGAUCCUGCCGAUAAUCGUUCAACAUGCACCAGCAUACGUUGUGUGGAAGAACUCUAUCCCAAUCAGGCCAGCAAACAACUAACAAUUCUGGCCAUUUGCCUAGAGACAUGGACUCGGGGCGAUCGCAUGAAUACCAUGGAGACCCAUUUGGCCAUUUACUCUGUUAAAUGGAAUCAAGUGCUGCGUCGCAUUCAUCUCGAUGGCAUCUUGGGCAGCACUUUGACUUUCCUCAGCCCAGAAAUAUGCUGGCGCACGCAAAAUUUUCGUCAUUUCGAUGGUUGCCUGGCAAUCGGUUCCGAUGAUGGUACAAUAUUGAUAAUGGAUUUGAAUUUUAAACAUCUUCGGAGCAAUCGACAAUCGAAUCCCCUUGAGAGUGCACCCAUUGUGGAGAUUGAACGCAUAUCCAGUCAAUUUCAAAGCAUUAGCAUUGAGUCUCACAUGAAGAAAUGCCGGAUGAAGUAUAAUCAUUCGGCUGUGGAAAUUAAUGUUGCAAAUGGCGGCGUACGGUGUCUGGUGGUCAUUGAUUUAAUUGAUGGUUUCGCCGCUGGCCUUGAUAAUGGACAAAUAAUUCUAUACGAUCUGAAGGGAAUGAAACUUCUAACCAUCUUGCGUACAGUAGAAGAUUUGGGCAAUGUAUCGGUGGAGCGUAUUUGUUGCGUUGUGCCACCAGAUGAUCCGAAACCGUGUUUUUAUCUAAAUGCAAUGUAUCAGAGUGAUACGAGAAUAUUAGCUCUGUUGCAUGUCAUUAGCUUUAGUCGCUCCAGAAUUCAAAUGGAUCGCUUACACUUUGAGCAGUUUCAAUCGAGUCACACUUGUGCUCGUAUCCAGCUGGAUGGUCCCUUUUGUUUGGCAAUUGGUUGUUCUACUGCUUCGACAGCUGCAAUUGCUGGCGACAAUGGUACUCUGUUGCUUGUCCUUUGCUGGUACUCGGAGCCGGAGGAGAGGAACAAAAUGAUGCUGUUUGACAUCAAUCAGUGGUAUAAGGACGAAAUGCCCUAUCUGAUACGUUUACGCGAUAAACCCAAUUGUCUGGCUGCCUUUGUGCUGAGUGAACGUAAACAUAUGGGAUUUGGUUUACAAUUGAAACCAUCUAGCAUUCUACAUUUUGAAUCCCUAAACCGCUUUGAUAUGCAUUUCUAUCCCAAUUCAUUGACUUUUGAUUGUUCUUUAUUCAAUGUCAAGGGAUAUCGUUAUUAUGCCCACAAUGGUAUACAGAGUCGCUUUAUUGAUUGCCUGCGUCAGCAAAAGGCCACUUUGUUCCUGAAUCCUCAAGUCUAUCAUGAUGAUAUCAUACGCUUGUGUCUUAUGCCUCAAUUCUCUGAGCUAAAUCCAAAUGCAACCUUCUCAAGGACGGCCAUGCAUGAAGAGAUCUUGUCAGUAGCAUUGGAGCACAAAUGUUUAGCCCUGCUGUAUGAUUGCGCCCGUAGUUGGCUAGAUGAUAGUUUCCUAUGCAACAAGGUCAAUCCAACAGAACUGUCGCUGGCUACUCUAACCAAUUGGAUUGCAAAUCGAGCAAAAUGUAUUAAAAAUCGUUGUCUAGAGCUAUGUCAGGGCAUAUUCGAUUACAAUGGCUAUUCGCUGGACGAGCGGGAAAGGAAAGAAUUCCAAGUAUUGUCCGUCCAGUUAAAAAAUCUCCUGGAAUUGCAAACAUUCAUAAUCAAGAAAGGCAAGAGUUUGCUUAGCGAUUCGGUUCUGGAUGAAUAUGAAGCGAAUGCGACAGCCCUAGAAUUGGUCUAUAAUUAUCAAUGGCUUCUCUAUUGGUUCAUGCAGCGAGACCUAUUACCCGAAGGCAAUCUAAUGCAGCACACAUCAGGGCAGGGGCAAAAGACUCAAUUAAAGCAACUGCAACGUGACUACGAUGAGAGAAGAGUACAAAGAAAGAAAGCAAAUAUGCCUCUAUAUAUAGACACUUUGCUUCAGCAAAAUGGUCUGGGUAAUUGCAUGAACGAUAAGCAAUCAUAUCCGCCCACAACCAUGAAGGCUCUCAUGCAAAUGAUGCUCUCCACCGAUGCCCAACUGGAGCAGAAGCAUGAGGUUGUCUUGUAUCUCUUAAUGGAUCUGGAUAGGAUCAAUCAGGGAUUGAUUGUAGAGCUGGACAAAACAAAGCCACCGCUGCAAGAAAAGAAAAUGUCAAUGGUAUUGAGCAAACAAUUUCACAUUUUCUUUAAUCUGCGAGAAGAAGUGAUUAAAUCGGUGCAAUCAUUUUGGCAUCUAGAUCGUGGUGACUAUUGGCAAGCGAUCGAUGGCCUGUACGACGGAAUAGGCAAAAUUCGUCACUAUGAAGAUUGGCAAAUGAAAUUGAUUAUUGAAAAUCUACUAGCGGCCAAUGCCACGAGAUUGGCCAUGCGUUUGGUGAUUCGACCGCCAGGCCCCGUCAGCUUUCCGCUAUAUCUUCGUGUCCUUUUGGCCAAUGAUCGCAUAUCCGAGGCUUUUCAUUACGCCCGCCUCUAUGACGAUGAUAAGGGACGUCCGUUGUUGGAACAUUUCUUUCGGCAUUUCAUUAAUCUGGGCAAAUUUAAAGUUUUGACCGAACUUUCGCUGCGCGAGGAUGAGGAGCAGCUAAUCUAUCGUUUGCUACGCGAAACCAAGACCCGCAAAACGGAUAGUGUCCACUUGAUAUUGUUACUCCAGAAAUUCAAAUACGUUGAGGCCGUCUCGUUUAUGGAUGAGGUAGCUGUCGAGCGACAGCAAGCGGCCAACGAGUUAUCUAAUACUAUAUUAUCAGCAUACAGAUCGACCAUGGCGCCCGUAACCCAAUCUAUAGCUGGAAAAUAUUUACAAAUUCGCAAUCGAUUGGAUGGUCAAGAAGUGGCAGCGAAUCAGUCACCCGAUCCGUUCAGCUGUCAAUUGGUUAAGCAGAGUGCUUCCAGCGAUAUGGUCGGUGGGAUCUUUCAGAGUUCUGCAUUGAGUACUCAUUGGGCUACCGCGGACUAUGAGGCGAGCGGGCAACCUACUCUCACUUGCCAGAAUGUGCCAUUUCUACGAAAUUCUCAACAUCGAGGACAUAUUUUGGAUGGACGUGGCCAUGGCAUCCAGCAUCGUCGACACAUAGUUCGAUCAGUUCCUUAUCAGGUGGUUUCGAAGCGUCAGCGCGAAAGGCAAAAUCUGGAGACAUCACCAAAGCCAUCGAACUAUUCAUUACAGCCACGAAAGCGACGACGAUUGCUGGGCGAGCAGUUGAUCGCCGAUCUCCAAGAGUUUAUCAAUCGAAAGAAGUUUGAGGAGCAAGCGGAGAAAUCCACUCAAGGGCCAAUACUUGGGCAAUCCAGUGUGGAGCCUAGAGGAAUCUUUAAGCGUUAUCCAAUCGCAGCAUCGAGCUCGAGCACAGAGCAGGCACCACAAGACCUGAAUCGAUCAGAGAGAUCACAAGAGUUUGUCCAGCAAUCAUCGAAUGUGACUGAAAAUGUGAAACUACCUGGCAAAUCUUUCUUUUUCCCACCGCCCAUCCCCUUGGACGAGGCGGCGGCAGUGGAGCAAACUGAUGAGGAUGAAACCGAUGAAAUCAUUAUGGAAAUUCAGUCUCGGGGUGGACAACAUCAUGAAUCGAAUGAGAGUGAACCGAGAAAAACUAGCACCAAAGAUUUCUAUUUUGCCCCGCCCAUUCCUUUGGAUCCACCUGUAGUAAGGGUGGCAGAGGAGGAAACGGAGAUGGAGGAGGAACAUGAUGAAAUACUUGUAGAAUUUCAAUCACGUGGUGAGCCUCAAGAGCCGCCGGUUGGUCAAGCCGAUUCCGAAUCGAGUGAGAGUGACGAGGAGUUCAUGUCACCUUUAAGUUCAGCAAAUGUCUCAUUGGUACGAGAGCCGGAACCGUUGCCCAUGGCACCGCCGACUGGGCCACAACCACGUCAUCCGCUAUUGUAUGGACGAACUGAAAGUAGCAGUGGUUUCGGUAGUUUCUCAGCCACAUCCAUGCGUCUGGCACACACGGCAUCUUCUCGGGACUUUGUCCCAACCGUUUGCUCAUCGAAAAUGGGUGAAACCACCACCUAUAUUAAGAUCUCAGAAAGAACGACCAUAUGUGGCGAAAUGCCUGAGAUAACCGAGCCAAGUCAAAUUUUAAUGCCCACCAGUACCACCACCAACUUGGGUUGGUCCAUGCCAACCAGAGCCGGGCAAUUGCAAGAUAUGCUAGACACUACUUUGGGCAUGUCAAGCUAUGAUAUAACAAGCAUGGAACAGCGUCAAGAAGAAGGGGAGCCCAUCCAAGAAAUGGAAACGGAGGAGGAAGAUCAGCCAAGCGAAAGAGAAUUUGAGCGAGAGCAGGAGGAGCGAGUAAGGGAGAACAUGCAAUUUGUGCAGCAGGAGGAUCAGUACGAGGCGGAAGAACAACAACAGCAAACCAUUGAAUUAGAGGACUCCUCUUACAAUCAUCCCUAUAUAAUGACUGCUUCAGAGGAAGAUGUGGUGGCGGUGGAUGCAGCCACUGUGGAUCCCGCCAUUCCUGGACCAGCAAUUACCAACGAAGAGCAACUCUCCUCGCCCACCUUCAGUGUAAGCAGCGGACUGUCCGACAAUUCAUCUUCGGAGGUGCAACCGUUGGCUGCAAAUCGCUUACAGGAAGAUCCGAUGUAUUCGAUUGUUGUUGAGUCGACUGGUUCGAUAACCACAUCUCGUUCGGUUACCCACACACCGACCUCCUUCCUGCCCAGCGACACAAAUGUCUCGCAGAAUUCGAGCCCUCGAGCGGCACAUGGCGUCGCUGGUAGUGGUCCAGGCGGCAUAGGUGAAGCCUCACCACGAUCUCUAUACCGGGCGAAUAGCUUGGAAACUGUAGAUGAUUUGGACACCACCAAAGGAUCCCUGGAUGACGAUGAUGAGGAGCAGGUCGAAGAUGAGGAUGAUUGUGUCAUCGCCCUGGAUGGCACUGAGGUUCGGGGUUAUGUGCCGCGGCCGCAACAGGUCGCAGGAUGCUCUAGUGCUGAGUUAUUUGCAUUCAAGGAUGAUGAUGCAGCAGCCUUGGGAUUGGCUAGACCAAAUGCUUCGCUCUCCCUGGGCGCCACCGCCAACAGUGAUUCCGUAAUUGCAGAGACUAUCAAUCUGGACACCGAUGAUGAUGAAAUUAUAAAUAACGAAAUGGCAAUUCAAUCUGAUAACCAACUAUGCAAUAAUGAAUAUGUUGAGGAACCAGAUGAGGUCCAAGAAGAUGAUUCGCUUUUUAUAGUGUCUAGUCAGCCGCUGGAGGAGAUGCAGGAAGAAGAAAUGCAGGAAGAGGAGAUGCAGGGAGAGGAAAUGCAAGAAGAGGAAAUGCAAGAAGAGGAAAUGCAAGAAGAGGAGAUGCAGGAAGAGGAGAUCCAGGAAGAGGAGUACCAGGAAGAGGAGUACCAGGAAGAGCAGAUACAAGAAGAAGAGAUCCAGGAAGAAGAGAUCCAGGAAGAGGAAAUCCAGGAAGAAGAGAUCCAGGAAGAAGAGAUCCAGGAAGAAGAGAUCCAGGAAGAAGAGAUCCAGGAAGAAGAGAUCCAGGAAGAAGAGAUCCAGGAAGAAGAGAUCCAGGAAGAGGAAAUCCAGGAAGAAGACAAUGAAUCGAUGGGCAGUCAACAGCUCGGCCAUAUCGAAGAAGCAGAACUUUCGUCCGAUGAUAUUGUGACUCUAGUAAUGGAUCCAGUGCUGGAACGGAUUCAGGAAGAAGACGAAGAAGAAGAAGAAGAUCAAUUGCAAGAGAUGCCAGACGAAAAUGAAGAUGCUUGGGGGAGGCGCAGACAGAUUUCGGAAAGUGAGGAGCCUCCACUUAAAUUGGCCGUCUCUGAAGAUGAAAACGAGGCACCUUCAUAUCCGCUCACUCCAAUUCGUAUUCUACGCUCUCAUGAUCGCCCCCGUGUAGCCACUCCGACAGUUGAUGGCCCAGGCAUGGUCGUGGGCGUAAGACGUCUUAGGCAACGGCUACAUAGUGGUGAUUUCUCCACAAUCAGUCCAAAUCCACUGCAGUCGCCAUCAUCUAAUCGCCUUACUCGCGCCACAUCCACGCCACCAUCCUCCAGCAUAUCCGCCGGUUUAACUCCAAGCAAGCGUCUACGUCGUAUAUCGAGUCAAAAGCAUCUGUUCGAUGCCAUCGAUGAACAAAACAAUUCCAGAGAUUUCACCCAAUCACCUGGGCCACAAACUCGUUCCCGCAGUCGCUUAAGCUUGGAAGCGGAACCAGCUCCGGCACCACCUCAAGCAGCAGCAGCAGCAGCAGCAUCGACAUCCUCCUACAAAUCUCGUACAGCAAAACGUUCCCAUUCUACAACUUCAAAACCGGUUAUUCCCCCAUCAGCAGCAACAGCAGCUCCAACAUAUCGUCGCAAGUUGCGCAGCAGCAGCGAGCCACCGACUUCCAUCUUCCAGGAGGCCAUGGCCAAGGCACCGAUCAAAAGCAAUCGCAGCAAACGCAGGCCAAGCUCCACAGAGGAACCAUCUGGACACGCCACACGUGGCACCUUCGUGGCACUUGACGAUCAAGCAUCAACAUCGAGACCAAACGUGCGAGUGCUUCGUGCUCGGAAAUCGGAAUCCGAAAGAGCUCCAACGCCACCCAAUGCAGCGUCUACAGAAGAAAUUAACGCCAAUCCAACAUCAGAAGAUCCUCCAGCCGAGAAUAAUGAAGCCAGUGUGCCGCCUAAGAAACGAGGACGACCUAGAAAUAAGAUUGCAUGAUCAUUUUAAUGCGUUGUCUGCCCAUAUUCCACAACAUCUAAUUCAAUAUUCAAGUUCUAAAUUCAUUUAAUCCCACACAUUGCUCAUUCAGAUCCAUUCAGUUGGUUCUGGAUCUGCAUUUGAUUUACUUUAUUUUCAUAUCGUUUUCUUUUAAAAGUUAAAAGUUUGUUGUUUGUUGUGGAAUUCAUCAAAUUGUUUGUGGUUUAACCCCGCAAUUAUUACCUUCGGUUUUUUAAAUGCCA